CUGGGGAAGGACGACGAAGACGCUUCGCAUAUUUCUGAAGGAAAAAAUAAAUGAAAACCACAUUUUAGCGAAAGAGUAACGUUUUUUGUUUGCGGCCGCCUCGUUUUUCUGUAGAAUUCGGCUGAUACCGAGAACCCAAAAAAAAGGAAAAGAAGAGAACACGCCAGAGACGAGGCAGGCACAGCCGGCAAAAUUUGCACAUCGUACACAGAAUAUAGCUUGCGCAGCGCAGCCCCCAUCGAGCCCCCCGACCUGUUUUGGAAGCCUUACGAGGCAGGGAAAAUACGAGGAGGCGCUAAUUGCCCACCGAGAGUUGGGAAACUCGUGAAAAUUCGCGAGCGAGAAGUCUCAGUGCGCAAAAAGCGCAUGUGCAUUUCCGUCUCGGAAAAUUCAUUCUUUCAAUCUUUUGUGCUCGUGGUAUCAUUAAUCACCCCACUCUAGAAGUGUGCACACCCGAGAAAGCAUAGCGUCAUCGUUUAUCUCAGAAACUGGUUUGUUUCAUAUUUAAGUUCUAGCGUAGAGUACUCGCUGUCAAAGGAAGAAACAUGGGUAAAGAGAAGACACAUAUUAACAUUGUCGUAAUCGGACACGUCGACUCUGGUAAGUCGACAACAACUGGUCAUUUGAUCUACAAAUGUGGUGGUAUCGACAAACGUACCAUUGAGAAGUUCGAAAAGGAAGCUCAGGAAAUGGGUAAAGGUUCUUUCAAGUACGCAUGGGUCCUUGACAAGCUGAAAGCUGAACGUGAACGUGGUAUCACCAUUGAUAUUGCUCUAUGGAAAUUUGAAACAGCCAAGUACUACGUUACCAUCAUUGACGCACCUGGACAUCGGGACUUCAUUAAGAACAUGAUCACUGGUACUUCCCAGGCUGAUUGUGCUGUAUUAAUUGUUGCUGCCGGUACAGGAGAAUUCGAAGCAGGAAUCUCGAAGAAUGGACAAACCCGAGAGCAUGCUUUACUUGCUUUCACUUUGGGUGUAAAACAAUUGAUUGUCGGUGUAAACAAGAUGGAUUCGACUGAGCCACCAUACAGCGAAUCUCGCUACGAAGAAAUCAAGAAGGAAGUGUCGUCAUACAUUAAGAAGAUUGGCUACAAUCCUGCUUCCGUAGCGUUUGUCCCGAUUUCUGGAUGGCAUGGUGACAAUAUGCUUGAGGCAUCUGAGAAGAUGCCGUGGUUCAAAGGGUGGACAGUUGAACGAAAGGAAGGCAAAGUUGAGGGUAAGACUUUGAUUGAUGCCCUCGAUGCCAUUUUGCCACCCCAACGUCCAACUGACAAACCAUUGAGGUUGCCAUUGCAAGAUGUUUACAAAAUUGGUGGUAUCGGCACCGUGCCUGUCGGUCGUGUAGAAACCGGCAUUUUGAAGCCAGGGAUGGUGGUCUGCUUCGCUCCAGUAAACCUGGUAACUGAAGUCAAGUCAGUUGAAAUGCAUCAUGAAGCACUUCCAGAGGCUUUGCCAGGCGAUAACGUUGGUUUCAACGUAAAGAACGUAUCUGUGAAGGAACUUCGUCGUGGCUACGUUGCUGGCGACUCUAAGAACUGCCCUCCGAAGGGAGCUGCAGACUUUACCGCUCAGGUAAUUGUCCUGAAUCAUCCUGGGCAAAUCGCCAACGGUUACACUCCUGUCUUAGAUUGCCACACUGCGCACAUUGCUUGUAAGUUUGCUGAGAUCAAGGAGAAGUGCGACCGCCGUACCGGCAAGACCACCGAAACUGAUCCGAAGUCGAUAAAAUCGGGCGACGCUGCGAUCAUCAAUUUGGUGCCAACUAAACCCUUGUGCGUUGAAAGUUUCCAGGAGUUUCCGCCGCUCGGGCGGUUUGCAGUACGCGAUAUGCGGCAAACGGUCGCGGUGGGUGUUAUAAAGUCUGUAAACUUUAAAGAGUCGACUUCGGGUAAAGUCACAAAAGCCGCCGAGAAGGCACAAAAGAAGAAAUAACUAGAGGGCCCCGAGAAGCAGAUUAAUAACACUAUAAUAAAUGUUGAAGAGAAGCUAAAGAAUCGACAACAUCCAGAUGAAUUGACUCUUCUGCUCCUGCUUUGCAAUCGCAAGGGCGGGGUUUCGAGAGAUACGAAUGACACUGACAUCAAUAUUAUUAAUACCAACAACAAUAAAACUUAUAUAAUAUAUUA